AUGGCGCCUCAGUACCAUGCUACCUCUAUUGGGAAUGGAACAGGACGGGCCUGUUCCUACUUCGUGUUCUUUUGGGUCUGUGUUCUUUCUCUAAUCGCCCCAGAGUCUGGGGUAGCGGAUAUCCCGGUAGCAGUAGCAGAUGUCUACUCAAGGGCUCUUGAUAAUACAGGUCGCAUUGCGGUGCCAACAGAAGGAGCUGAGCUAAGCUCGCACGCUGCGAAGGCUCCAGCGGUAACUGCUGCAUCUGAUCUCCACACUGUUGAGGUGUCCGGGAGGCCUGAGGUGGCCAGGAGCCAUAGUAGAAUGUUUGCUUCUGAUCCGAUAAUUGAAGAGUUGGUGCUGGAAGAGGAUUACAGGAGGGCACUCGAACAUGCAAACGAGGCAAACAGGGCAGUGAUCAUGAUGCUGUACUCUGCAUGGUGCCCUCAUUGCUUCGCAUACAAAAAGACGUUCUCACGCAUCGCGGCAGAUCUUAAGGACAAAUUUUCUUUCGUGGCAAUGAACUGUAUGGAGAACGAGAAAACGAUGGAUUUAUGCGGAGACUUGGGGGUGUUUGCACUGCCCUCCAUCAAGCUGUUUGUGCCAGCAUCCACAUACCACACACUGCCGCCUGAAGACCGCCAGGUGCAGCCCAUCGAUUCAUCACUAGGGCACAUUAUCCUUGAGCUUCCUGGAAUGCGUGGUGGAGGCAUUCUUGACUCUCUUGGCAACGCUAAAACGCACAACAUGUGCGUCCACUCCCUCGCCCUCCCGGCAGAAGACAUCAUGCCUGCGCUUCUGUACGCCGCCAAGCAAACAAUGCAACGCAUUGACAAAUCGAAUCUCCGUCUGACCCUGGAAGGCGAUUUGGCUUCUUUUGAGCAUUUGCGUGACGCACCCUGCAAUUCCGUUCGAUGGGAAUCUGAAGAUCAUCAUCAGCAGGCACGGCAUGUGUCUUCAUCCCCCCCGUCAGGCAUGAGGGGCACAGGCAGCGACCAGCAGUCAACGGAGACUCUCGCCCGUGCCCGGGUGCACGACGCAGUCAGGGGGCUGCAAUUCGUGUUAGCGAGUUGGGUUGUAACAGUAACCGAGCGCCUGACCGAAGCAGAUCAGCUUGCUUUGAUCGACCUGCUUGAAGUAGCAAGAGCCACUAUUCCAAUAACAUCUGUUAAGCGGGCAGCAGCCCUCUCCAUCCUCCACCUGUACAGCUCGGGCAACUUGGGGGCCGAGUCGCUGCGCGGCGGCCGCUCUGUGAAGCGAGCGCUUGGGCGCACAAGCGAGGAUCGUUUUACGGAUGAACUUCGGAUAUACAGUGAGCUGGAUCACGUCUUGCAGGCCGGAAAGGGCCUUAAAGCAGCAGAAUGGCGCGCUUGGGUGGGCAGCGUCUCCUUUGGGAAGGAAGCUCCCCCGCUUGCUCCCCUAGAGGAACCCAAGAUGAGGCACUGCACCACCCUGACAUGCAGCGUCUGGAUGCUGCUGCAUCUGCUGGCUGAUGGAGCUGCGGCGCUUGCCCAGCAAGUGGCUGCUCAUCUCAAGUGCGGUCCCCAGCAGGUCUUCUACAAAAGAAAGGGGCAGGCCCUCCCCGUCUACCUGCUGCUGCAGCAAAGAUCGGAGGGCAAGGCAGCAAAUACUGAGGAAAUUCUUGAUAUUGCUUCUAUGAACACGGAAGACCUUAUAGACCAUUAUCCCUCAUUGGGAUGCAUGGUGGUCCCCUCUUUCGAUGUCGCCUACACCAUUUACAACUUCCUCCGCCGCUUUUUUGGCUGCACUGCCUGCCGUCACCACUUUAGGGUGUUGUUCUCCCGGCGGAGCUUCGGGUUGCUGGAACUGCAGCCACCGGAGGGCGACUUCUCCCUGACCCUUCCCCUCGUCGAGCCCCCUAAGAGUCUGGACAGUGACUCUCAGGGUCACUCCCCUUUGUUAGCCAGAUUCAGGAGUCAGUCUGAAGGCCAGACGGAGGCGUGGAGCGGUCGGUUUGUGGAACAAAGGAAACUGGAUCACCUUAAGCUGUGGUUGUGGCGCAUGCACAAUGCGGUCACAGUUCGGACAGCGGCGGAUGCGACCCUCGCGUUUGUAAAGGGCGACCAUGAGGCGAAAAACUACGUGAACUGCGACACUAGAUGGCCCCCCAAAAGUGCAUGCAGAGAGUGCAGAAUGGAAACAUUGACACCGGCUGGUAUCGUUUCUGUUCCAGUUUUGGUCGCUAGAGACUCGGACAAAGACGUACUUUCGAUAGAAGAAGAAUAUGGCGAUUUUGACCAAGCGGCGAUUUUGGAUUACCUAAAAAAGAGUUACUGGCCCACAUCUCCACAAAACAAUUACUAA